GACAUUUCCUUCUGAAUUCUUUUUACAUUCUGUAAACAAAUGAAAACAUUUCCCUCUCAUCAAAGUAUUUAGCAUCACAGGAAGCCAAUAUUUUCAGUAAUAACUUUAAAUAUCUAUGCUGUUUUAUUCAUGUCUAAAAGAUGAUAACUGGGUAUAGAUAUUCAAUUUUUUCCAUGCUCUUUAAGAAAUGCUGUGGUUCUGAAAUCACCCGAUGGCCUUGGGUAAGGUUUUCAAGUAGGAGAAAGGAAAAAUUAAAGUUUGAUCUGAAAAAAUUUCCAGGAAAAUAUAUAAGAAAUUUUGGAAUUAUUGCUCAUAUCGAUCACGGUAAAAGUACACUUUCAGAUCGCCUCAUGGAAUUCACUGGAAACAUUUCUAAGCAAAACAAAAAUGAGCAAGUGUUGGAUAAACUACAGGUGGAGCGGGAAAGAGGCAUAACUGUGAAAGCUCAAACUGUAUCACUUUUUUAUGAUUAUGAUGGACAGCAUUAUUUAUUAAACCUAAUUGAUACACCUGGUCAUGUGGAUUUCAUCUUCGAAGUAAAUCGGUCAUUAGCUGCAUGUGAAGGAGUCAUACUUCUUGUUGAUGCAAAUCAAGGAGUUCAAGCUCAAACUGUUGCAAAUUUCAAUUUAGCUCGCUCACAUCAUUUGGCUGUAAUUCCUGUUCUGAAUAAAAUUGACCUAAAAAAUGCCAAGCCUGAUGAUGUGUCCAAUCAACUGACAGCUUUAUUUGGAAUAGAUAAGGAGGAAAUAUUAAAAGUUUCAGCAAAAUAUGGUACUGGAAUUGAGAAGAUUUUUAGGUCAAUCAUUGAAAAGAUUCCUCCGCCACGUGGAGACCUUCAGAAACCUUUUCGAGCUUUGCUGUACGAUUCCUGGUAUUCUCAGUAUCGAGGAGUGAUUUGUCUUAUUAUGGUUAUUGAUGGUGCUUUAUCUGUAGGUGAUGAAGUUACAUCUUUUUCAACUGGUUGUACUUAUGAAAUUAAAGAACUUGGCAUCUUAUAUCCUGAUGAGCUGCCAGUUACCGAACUUUUUUCAGGUCAAGCUGGAUAUUUUAUAGCUAACAUUAAAAAUCCAAAAGAGGCAGUAAUUGGAGAUACUUGGUAUAAAAAGUGUUCAGUAGUUGAACCACUUCCAAAGAUUAAUCCAUCAAAACCAAUGGUAUUUGCUGGUAUUUUUCCUUCUGAUCAGUCCAGAACUCAAGAUCUGAGGAAAGCCAUAGAGAAAUUGAUUCUAAAUGACCCAAGUGUCAGUGUUUCUCCUGAAACAAGCCCUGCUCUUGGUUCAGGCUGGAGGCUUGGUUUUCUUGGUUUGUUACACAUGGAAGUUUUCUGUCAAAGACUAGAUCAAGAAUUCGAUGCUCAAGUUAUUGUAACUACUCCUGGAGUUCCAUACAAAGUUAAAAUUAAAGGUGAGAAAAACAUAAAAGCAUAUGGAGGUGAAGAGAUUACUAUAACAAACCCUCUAAAAUUUCCUGAUCCAAAUAUUAUAUCAGAAUACUUUGAACCUAUGGUGCUAGGUACAAUUAUUACUCCUGCAGAGUUUUAUAGUGAAGUGUUAAAAUUAUGUAUGGCCAGGAGAGCAGAACAAAAGAGUGUCCAGAAUGUUGAUGAUCGUACUUUAAUUCUUGUUUACAAAUUCCCAAUGAGUGAGAUUAUUACAGACUUUUUUAAUGAACUAAAAUCUAUAUCAUCUGGCUUUGCAAGUUUUGAUUACGAAGAAAUAGGAUAUGAAAAAAGUCAUCUCACAAAGGUGGAUAUUCUUCUGAAUGGUAAAAUAGUGGAAGAAUUAUCAUUUAUCACUCAUUCUUCUCAAGUAAAUGACGUUUCAAGAAAAAUAUGUAUGCGUUUGAAGGAGAACAUUGAGCCACAUCUUUUUCUUAUUGCAAUUCAAGCGUGCGUAAGAGGAAAGGUGGUAGCCAGGGAAACAAUAAAAGCGUUAAAAAAGAACGUUACUGCAAAACUGUAUGGAGGAGAUGUCACUCGCAGAAUGAAACUCUUGCAGCGUCAGAAAGAGGGUAAGAAGACAAUGAGAAUGAUUGGAAAUAUUGAAAUUGGUAGAAGUGCAUUUAUUAAUAUAUUGAAAAGAUAAUUUGUUUAUUGUCAUUAUUAUGUAAGUGUUCAAUAAAAUGGGCAAAAUAUUAAA